AGGACACAGAAGACAUCCUCCUCCCAACGGACCAAACCUGGCCAUUCCUCCUCCGCUUCCCCAUAAACUCCUUCGGCAUAUGCCUCGGCCUCGGUAGCCAAACCAUCCUCUGGCAAUCCAUCUCCACCAGCCCCUCCAUGUCCUUCCUCCACAUCCCCCCAUCCGUCAACAUCGCCAUCUGGCUCCUCUCCAUCCUCACCCUCCUCCUCGUCUCCCUCACCUACGCCCUCAAAACCGCCUUCUACUUCGAAGCCGUCCGCCGCGAAUACUUCCACCCCAUCCGCGUCAACUUCUUCUUCGCCCCAUCCAUCGCCUCCAUGUUCCUCGCCAUCUCCGCCCCUCCCUCUCUCGCCCCCGCGAAGCCCCACCCCGCGCUCUGGUGCGCCCUGUUCGCUCCCCUGUUCGUCCUCGAGGUGAAGAUAUACGGCCAGUGGUUGUCCGGCGGAAAGCGGCGGCUUUGCAAGGUCGCAAAUCCGUCGUCGCAUUUAUCGGUGGUGGGGAACUUUGUGGGGGCGGUGCUGGCG